AUAUAAGGAGGUGGAGGUGGCAGCUGCUGCUAGAGGCUUCGCGGACUAGCGGCUGGUCCCCGCAUCCCUCCACCCUUCCCACCCUCCCCGCCUCCCUCUGCUCCCUCGCUCCGGCCCCGUUGCUCAUCCUCCCUUCCUCCCCCCUCCACCCCCGGCCCGCUCCCUACCUGGUCCCGGCCAGCUGUGCCCGGCCUCCGUGGGUCGCCCGGUCCUCCGGCCAGCCUUCCUCAGGCCCCGGCGCGAUGGAGCUGCCCCAGCCAGAUCCCGCCGCGCCGGGCUCGGCUCUAAGUCCUGCCCGCGUGCGCGGUGGUACCGAGCGUCCGGGCCACCUCCCGGGCCUUGGGCUGGGAGCUCAUGGCCUCCUGGGGUUCCCGGAGCGCACGACAGCUUCCUCGCCGGUCUCCACCCUCACCCAGACCAUGCAUGAUCUCGCCGGGCUUGGCAGGGAGACCCCAAAGAGUCAGGUAGGCAGCCUGCUCACAUGCCUACCCCUGUCCCCGCUGCGGGCAUCUGCAUCCUCUCUGUCGUCUGAGUCCUCUGAAUCUUCUGAUGCAGGUCUCUGCAUGGAUUCUCCCAGCCCCAUGGACCCCCAGAUGGCAGAGGAGACGUUUGAACAGGCCAUCCAGUCAGCCAGCCAAUUCAUUCGAAGCAAUCAGUUCACCAUCCGACGCUUCCAGUCCUUGCCGGUGAGGCUUCUGGGCCACAGCCCAGUGCUACGGAACAUCACCAACUCCCAAGCACCCAGCAGCUGGAGGAAGAGCGAGGCGCGCAGCCAUGCUACCGGAAGCUCUGAGGAGGACAAAGAGAAUGUGCGCUUCCAGGAGGCUGGAGUGUUCCCACUCCAGGGAGAGAAGGGGGCUUGCUGGGGUGAUUCUCUGGCAUUUGAUGAUGCCCCUCCUACCCCCUCUUGCCCACAGGAUGGAUUUGUCUUCAAGAUGCCAUGGAAGCCCACACAUCCCAGCCACACCCACGCUCUGGCAGAGUGGGCCAGCCGCAGAGAAGCCUUUGCCCAGAGGCCAAGCUCGGCCCCCGACCUAAUGUGUCUCAUCCCUGAGCGGAAGAUGGAAGUAGAGGAGCUGAGUCCUCUGGCCCAACACUUCUCCCUAACCCCCACCAAGGGGGCUACUGAGGAAGACGAUGGGUUCGUGGACAUCCUAGAAAAUGACUUAAAGGAUGAUGAUGUAGUCUCCCCAAGCAUGGAGAGUCUCAUUAGCGCCCCCCUGGUCAAGACUUUGGAAAAGGAAGAAGAGCAGGACCUCAUCAUGUACAGCAAGUGCCAUCGGCUGUUCCGCUCUCCGUCCAUGCCCUGUGGUGUGAUCCGGCCCAUCCUCAAGAGGCUGGAGCGGCCCCAGGACAGGGACCUGCCCGUACAGAACAAGCGGAGGAGGAGUGUCACCCCUCUGGAGGAGCAGCUGGAGGCUGAGGAACCUAAAGCCCGCAUCCUCCGCUCCAAGUCUUUGUGUCACGAUGAGAUUGAGAACAUCCUGGACAGCGACCACCGUGAACUGAUUGGGGAUUACUCCAAGGCCUUCCUUCUACAGACUGUGGAUGGAAAGCACCAAGACCUCAAGUACAUCUCGCCAGAAACAAUGGUGGCCCUGCUGACGGGCAAGUUUAGCAACAUCGUGGAGAAGUUUGUGAUUGUGGACUGCAGAUACCCCUAUGAGUAUGAAGGCGGGCACAUCAAGACUGCCGUGAACCUGCCCCUGGAACAGGACGCUGAGACCUUCCUGCUGCACAGACCCAUCAUGCCCUGUAGCCUAGACAAGAGAAUCAUUCUCAUUUUCCACUGUGAAUUCUCAUCUGAGCGUGGGCCCCGCAUGUGCCGUUUCAUUAGGGAACGAGACCGGGCUACCAACGACUACCCCAGCCUCCACUACCCUGAGAUGUACAUCCUCAAAGGCGGCUACAAGGAGUUCUUCCCACAGCACCCGACCUUCUGUGAGCCCCAGAACUACCGGCCCAUGAACCAUGAGGCCUUCAAGGAUGAGCUGAAGACCUUUCGCCUCAAGACUCGAAGCUGGGCUGGCGAGCGGAGCCGGCGGGAGCUCUGCAGCCGCCUGCAGGACCAGUGAAGGGCCAGCCGUGGCCCCACCUACCUUCACUGCCUCAUGUAGUCUGGGUACCAGCCACCCAGGGGCCUGCAGGGCUGAGGCUCUGCUGGAGGCCCCAGGUACUGUCCAGGGAAAGACGGAGAGGGUAUUUCAUCCAUCUGCCCCUAACCCUGGUCCCCUUGUCUCGCUCCAACCAUACUCCAUAUCCUAGUGCCAUCCCCUACCGCCACCCCAGCCCCUGGAAGAACCCAGCCUGUUAGUGAAAUUGGAUUAAGUCCAGCUCAAAGGAAGUAUUUUGUGUCCAGCAGGAGCCUUUUUGCUUUUUUUUCAAUUCCUUGUUUGGGUUAACCUUUUGUCUUCCUGUAUUCAGAAAAGCCUUUUUUUUCUAGGGGCUUUGUUUGUAUGUAUGAGGCUGGGGGAAAGCCACAGCCCCAGAAUGGGCCAGAGCAGCACUCUUCCCUGCCCUGGGAGUCAGCACUGUGCCCUGGCCCUCAUAGCACUCCUGAGUGUCUGCGUGUUUCCCCUUCCUCGUUCCCUCUUUCCUGUCCCUCCUUAUAUACACCUCUAGCACAAACAUAAGCUCUUACUGUUUCCUGUUUCAGUGUUACCUGCAUGCUUGAUUUGUCUGUCUUGAUUUUUUUUUGCCCAUCUCAGGACACACACAGGCUGAGGCUUACUUUGCCCCUGUCCAGUUGGGAUAAUCAAACCUUAAUUACCCACUUGGUCUAGCUUCUGUUGCCUCACAAAGGGAUGUUAUUAUUCUUGGGGGCCCCUGGGUGAGGGCUAAGGCCUGCAUCCUUAACCUCACGGGAAGCCCAGCCCCCACUGUUGUGAACCCUGGGGCCUAAUUUGUCAGAACUUGCUGCUGUCUUGUCACGGGCAGACAGAGGGAUGGAUGAAUGGAUGAUGAUGGAUGGGUGGAUAGCUGCAGAUGCACAACGCCUUGCACAUACAAACCGCUGAGUGGAAGCAUUUCAGUGAGCGUGACAGCCUGCAGCAGGAGUAUAUGUGUGUCUGUCUAUGUGGACAAAAAUCUUUACACUUUAAGUUUUGGAAAUAUUUAAGAGGACAUGUCAUAGAAGCAGCUAAACCAAGGACAGAGCCACCCCUGGACUUAAUCUCAGGACGUGGGAAGGGCUAUGCUUGAAGGCUCUGAUGUCAUCUGUUAGGGCCUUGUUUCAAUAAAGCACUGAACAAGUUGAGCAACCA